CAUGGCGGCGUCCGCGGCGGCGGCCGAGCUGUCGCAGGCGCUGGCCCGGCCCCUCAGCCUCCUCCAGCAGCCCGACUGCGGCCGGGCGGCGCGGCUGCGGGCGCUGGAGGACAUCCGCGCCCAGCUGCAGGGCCGGCCGCUGCCGGGCGCGGUGCUGCAGGAGGUGUUCGCCGCGCGGCUGCUGCGGCCGCUGUCGCGCUGCCUGGCGGGGGACGCGGCGGAGCGGUGCCGGGAGCUCGCCCUGCAGCUGCUCCGCCACGGGCUGAGCCACGGCGAGCGGCCCUGCGAGGCGCUGCCCGUGCUGCUGCCGGCCCUGGCGCAGCGGCUGUGCCCGCCGCAGGGCGCGGAGCCCAGCGAGGAGCUGCGGCUCGGCCUGGUGCAGCUGCUGAGCCUGCUGCUGCAGCGCUGCGGCGCCGCCAUGGCCCCCUACCUCGGCGACAUCGCCCGCGUCCUCCAGGCCACCCUCCUCGACCACUAUGCCGAGGUCAGGCGGGAGAGUUGCGGCUGUGCCGUGGCCUGCGCCAGGGCCACGCCAGAGCACUUCCAUAUGCAAUCAGAGUCUCUGAUAAAACCCCUAAUGCAGACAAUUUCCCACCAACACUACAGAGUUCGUGUUGAUGUGAUUCAGGCUACUGGAGCAGUGAUACAGUUUGGGAAUGGAAAGUCUGUGGAUGAUGUCCUGUCCCAUCUGGCCCAGAGGUUAUUUGAUGAGAUUCCCAAGGUACGGCACGCUGUAACAACUGUCAUUGGAGAAUGGUUGUUGCACCUACGAGACAGAUACUCAUAUUUUCACAAGCUGAUCCCUCUGUUACUUGGCAGCUUUACUGAUGAAAUUCCUGAAAAUACGAAACUGGCUUGCACCUACUGGGAAAAGAUAGGCUUGCAAUGGGAGAAAGAGAAUGAAGAAGAUUUGAAGGAUAAGAUGGAUUUUAGUGUUUCACCAUCUCAUUAUCCCAAAGGAGAGACUCGACCAGGACUGGGUUGUCGGGAACUUGUGUCGAGAAACCUCUCCAAAAUUCUCCCAGGUCUCUGUCAUGAUAUCACAGACUGGCUUGGGAGCACAAGAAUCAAAGCAUCCCAGCUCCUGUACACAUUAUUGCUGCAUGCAGAGGAUCACAUCACCCAGCACAUGGAGCUACUGCUGAGAACUUUGUACCAGGCGUGCUCAGAUGAGGAAAGUGAAGUGGUUAAAAAUAGUGUGAAAGCAGCAGAACUGAUUGGAACGUUUGUCAGCCCUAAGGUGUCUUUGAAAUUAAUCACCCCAGCCUUUGAGCAGACACCCAAAGCCUCCUGUGUGAUGGUUCUGGCUGCAGUGAUUCGAGGUAGCCCAAAAGAAAUCUUACAGCCUCAUGUGGCCCAGCUUGGCAACACACUGUCACAGGCUGGAGUCUGUCAGAGAUCUGAAGAGGUCUUUUAUAUGGAGCAGCUGCUUUAUUGUGUACAAGCAUUGACUGAAGUGUGCCAGGAAGACUGCAAAGAAAUUAGCUUGCAGCUAAUGAAAGUUUUGGUGACCAUAAUGGCAAUACCAUCUUCUCAGGACCUUAAAGAAAAGGUGGAGAAAACAAUGUCCUCCUUAGCUGCAGUGCAGCAACUGGAAAGUUUUCACUGUCUCUACAAGCAGCACAUCAUUGAGCUGCUGGAGUGGCUUGCAGUGUCGUGUGAAGGGUGGAGCUGCUAUUCCCCAGAGGUGUUGCAGUUUGAGGUCAUCUCAACCCAUUCAGGUGCUGUCAUAGGUGAAGCUCUGGAUGACUUUGUUCUGGUUCUGAGGACGUGUCUCCAGCCAGACAGAGAUCCCCAGAUGCGGUUAAAGCUCUUCACUGUUCUAUCCCAGUUGUUGCAGAAAGCAAGUGAAACCAUCAAUUCUCAGGGGCUGUUCCCUAGCUACCUUGAGACUGUGAUAAAAGACAUCCUGGCUCCUAAUCUGCAGUGGCAUGCUGGAAGAACAGCAGCUGCCAUCCGUGCUACAGCUGUAUUGUGCCUUUGGGCUCUCAUCCACUGUGAAAUGCUUUCACCAAAAGAGAUCUUAAAAGUGAAAGAUGAGCUGAUGCCCCAGAUCAUUGCUUCCAUGGAUGAAGACUCUAAAAUUACUCGACUGAUGGCUUGUCGUAUUGUUGAUGUUUUCCUAAAAGUCUGUGGGAGGCAGUUUGAUGCAGAUAAAUUUAAGAACACUUACACAGAGGUGUUGAAGCGUCUGGAUGAUGCCUCGGGUGAUGUGAGACUGGCAGCUGCUCACACCUUGGCUAAUUGGUUUAAGUGCUUAAAGGACAGUGAUGUGAAAUCCUCAAUGGAAGGUCAUGUUGAGUUUCUGUACCAAGAGCUGUUGGUACAUCUCGAUGACCCAGAUGAAAAUCUCCAAAAAGCAGUCCUAGAAGUUUUAAAGGAAGGAAGCAUUUUAUAUCCAGAUCUGCUGGUGAGAGAAAUUGAAGGGGUUUUACACAAGCAUCAAACACCAGUCUAUUGUAAUCAGCUGCUACAUCACAUUCAGUCAGCCAAGGAAUCAGCUCUCAAUCACUGCUGAGAUUCUGUGUAGGAAACUGAUGUGAAAUCUGUAUGACUUGGAUUAUCUUUGUAUUUUGGUUUGCUUAAGAAAGGCUGAGCUGGAAGUACAUUGUUUUUUCUUUGUAAAUUCACUGUUGGUUCAUUUGAAAGUGAAAUUAGCACAAUUCUAUGUUCUUUGCAGUUUGAACAGUUCUUUGUAUUUCCUAGCAAUAAAACAAUGUUUUAAUUCA